AUGACUUUCUCCAGCCUGUGCUAUCCGGAAUGCGGGGUGGCCCGGCCUAGUCCAGUCACUGACAGCGCCAACGAGCCGUGCGUUAGGCAGUGCCCUGACUCCGAAGUGGUGAUCAGCCCCUCACCGGUUGUUGUGACCCUUCCAGGACCAAUUCUCAGCAAUUUCCCUCAGCAGAGCGAAGUAGCAGCCGUAGGAGCACCUGUGGUCGGAGCCGGUUUUGGAGGCUCAUUUGGUUUGGGAGGAUUGUAUGGCUAUGGAGGCCAUUACGGAGGAUUGUAUGGUUUAGGGAGAUUAGGUGGUUACGGGGGCCAUUACGGUUAUGGGGGAUUAUUGGGCUACGGGGGACACUACGGUUACCCAGGUCUUUACGGUUACAGGGGAUUAUUGGGCCAUGGGGGAUACUGUGGUUACCCGGGUCUUUAUGGUUAUGGGGGAUUAUGUGGUUCCGGGGUAUCUUGUCAUAGGUACCUCAGUGGAAGCUUUGGGCCAUGUUAA